AGUGGGUCUAUAUUCGUUUGCGUGAAUCACUGAGCGAACAGAAUGCCUGAACCCGCCAAGUCCGCGCCCAAAAAGGGCUCAAAGAAAGCUGUUACCAAGACCGCCAGCAAGGGCGGCAAGAAGAAGAGAAAGACCAGGAAGGAGAGCUACGCCAUCUACGUCUACAAGGUCCUGAAACAGGUCCACCCCGACACCGGCAUCUCCUCCAAGGCCAUGAGCAUCAUGAACUCGUUUGUCAACGACAUCUUUGAGCGCAUCGCUGCUGAAGCGUCUCGCCUGGCUCACUACAACAAGCGCUCCACCAUCACCUCCAGGGAGAUCCAGACCGCUGUGCGUCUCCUGCUGCCCGGUGAGCUGGCCAAGCACGCCGUGUCUGAGGGCACCAAGGCUGUGACCAAGUACACCAGCUCCAAGUAAACAGCUCUGCUGCUCCGCUACAACAAUCCAACGGCUCUUUUAAGAGCCACGCACU